AGAGGACACCAUAUUUGGUCAUUCACAAAAAUGCUUUGACCUCUUUCACCAUUUCUUUCUGUCCAUGCCCACACUCUUGUCCAAGUUUAGAUAAGAUACAUAACUCCUAAUGACUUAUUACUGCAUUUUUUGGGGCUCUCUCUUCCUCUCUUUUUUUCGCAAAAAUAAUUUCACCACCCAUUAAAGUGGUUCUAUAAAAAAAUUCUUAGUGGUGCAUUACUAGGUUUCUUUGUACUUGUCAAAACCACCACAAUUGAGUCACUUUCAACUUAUUCUCUAUAGAUGUCUUUUCUGCCUUCUUUUGGAUAACCCCAUUUCUUAUUCUAUCAUAUCCAUUCUCGUAUACUCACACAUCCAUUGUAACAUACAUAUUUGAGUUACCUUCAUUUUCAUAAUAUUAAACUCUUUAGCAGCAUAUUUUGUAUCAUAUUUUAGUGUUGGAUGAAUUGCCAGUUUUCUAGGUUUUCAAUAGAAAAAGGAAAGGAUUAGCUUUCUUAUUUCAUUCUUCCAACAGCUACACAAAAAACAAGCACUAUUUUACCUAGGUGGUUGAAACGAAAUUUGUAUAUUCUAGAUGUCAAGGGUUCGAAUUCCAUUUUCAACAGACCAUUAUCUAGCCGAGAGCAUUUCAAGAAUAACCUCUCCGCCCCCAAGUGUAAGGUAAGGUCUGCAUGCACCCCAACAUGUGGGAUGACACUAGGUUGUUCUCUUGAUGGUAUGCAAAAUUUUGUUCUAAGAUAAUGAAUUCUUUAGCCUUUUAGUCUUGGAUAAGUCAUAAGUUUGAACUCAGUAAACUUGCAUUAUCAAUGUUUCUUGCGUUCUCUAACAUGACCAGAAUUUGUGCUGCUGUGGUUUACUGGUUAUGACAUUACUAUUAAUUGUUUUCACUUGGCAUUGGCAGCAAUUUAAACCAGAAACAUUUCUGCAGUGAUUGCAUGUUUUUGCUUAAUUUCUUAUCAUCAUUGUUUUUAAGCUUUGGAAAAACCCUCAGAAAAUGAUGGUGCUAACCUUUUAUGCCACAUGUCAUUCGUUUCUAGAGCUGAAGAAUUGGAAACUGCCCUCAUGGAAUUGGUCAAGGAAGAUAAUCGGCGAGAACUGAGUGCACGGGUUGAGCAACUGGAGCAACAGUUGGCUGAACUGCACCAAAUCCUUGCAGAUAAGAGAGAACAAGAGGCAGCAAUGGUUCAGGUGCUGAUGCGGGUUGAACAAGAGCAAAAGAUCACUGAAGAAGCUCGAAUUGCUGCAGAGCAAGAUGCAGCUGCUCAAAAAUAUGCAGCAUACAUUCUUCAGGAAAAGUAUGAAAAAGCAAUAGCAUCACUUGCACAGAUGGAGAAGAGAGCAGUGAUGGCAGAAUCGAUGCUAGAAGCAACUGUACAAUAUGAAUCUGGCCAAGUCAAAGCUUCAGCUUCCCCAAGUUCGAAAGCUGAAUCCCCAAGGAAUGCACCUGGGAGAAAGAUUGGUUUGCUGUCAUUUGGCCUUGGCUGGCGAGAUAGAAACAAGGGAAAGCAAAGCUGUGAUCUUCCAUCACCAACGACAAAUAAAAGUAGUGCUGCUGGAGGACAAGACACAAACAGUUCUCAACUUCAGACCAAUGGGCAUCAAGACGACAAUGGAAAAGCCACUUCUAAAGAUUGACAUGUGCAUCCAUCUUCUUCUUGGGGAUCUCCUCCCCAUCCCACCACCUAAAGUUUCUCCCUUUUUGUUUAUAUCCGGUGCUCUGUACAGUAGACUACUACAAAGUUUUUAUUAGACAAUUUACUCCUAUUUAAACCUUGUGCGUUGAUAUACGCUGAACAGACGUUGAAACUUGAAAUGAACACGAGAGGAAACACUCCUUUCGAAUGAAAGGUGGUUGUAUGUAAUGUUUAAGGAGACCUUUCGAUUUUUUUUGUUGAAAUGAAGAAAUUCAAUUUCU